AUGGCCCUGCUCUUUGUAAUCCAUUAUUUUGGGCUUUUGGCUCCAAAUCACCUUCAAGAACAACCCUUACCACCGCCCCCUCGUCAUCAUCCUCCACCGCCUCUCCUCAAAAUUCGUUCAGGCCACUGUUCCGACUCAGUGCAGCUGCAUCAUCGCUUGGGCAGUUCUGAUGGAUCCCGAUCUACAAAUUCACUAGGGUGUCCGCAACCACCUCUGUGCCUUCUCCCAGGAAUGGCCCUGCUCUUUGUAAUCCAUUAUUUUGGGCUUUUGGCUCCAAAUCACCUUCAAGAACAACCCUUACCACCGCCCCCUCGUCAUCAUCCUCCACCGCCUCUCCUCAAAAUUCGUUCAGGCCACUGUUCCGACUCAGUGCAGCUGCAUCAUCGCUUGGGCAGUUCUGAUGGAUCCCGAUCUACAAAUUCACUAGGGUGUCCGCAACCACCUCUGUGCCUUCUCCCAGGAAUGGCCCUGCUCUUUGUAAUCCAUUAUUUUGGGCUUUUGGCUCCAAAUCACCUUCAAGAACAACCCUUACCACCGCCCCCUCGUCAUCAUCCUCCACCGCCUCUCCUCAAAAUUCGUUCAGGCCACUGUUCCGACUCAGUGCAGCUGCAUCAUCGCUUGGGCAGUUCUGAUGGAUCCCGAUCUACAAAUUCACUAGGGUGUCCGCAACCACCUCUGUGCCUUCUCCCAGGUGGGACGUUUGUCAUUACUAUCUGGAGAACAGCUAAGAGGAGUCAGAUAGCAGCAAUAGCAAGUAUUUGCGAGUUCCGGAAGAUAAUUCAAAGAGAGUGCAUUGGAUACUGAUCAAGGCUUGGUCAAAAGACGUUCUUUCAGCAGUCAUGCCUAAAAAAUGGGGCGAGAUCUGUGGUUGAGCAGAAGAUGGAGCUGUUCCUUGAUUUUAGGAGAUUGUGGCAAGAUAGUAGGAGUUAGUUGUUAACGGCUAAUUGUAAAUAACGUUAAAUAGAAUGCACUUGUAUAAAUAGAAGAAAAGGAUCUUAGGAGCACACAAGUUUUUCAAAUCAUUUACAUUCAAAUAUUUCCUUUGCUUUUACAAUACUCAAAAGUGUACUUAGCACAACCUGUAAGCUGUAAUUCUCAGAUAUAGUGGAUUGGUGGACUCAAUUCCACCAGCGGUUUUUUUA